ACCGCGCCGGGGCAACGGCCGCUGGAAUCGUUCCUAAUCGAUCAUUCUCCGGUUACACCGAUUAACCGACGGUAAACUGAAAGAGUUAUUGGUCAGCGUCAGAAACUGCCAACAUGAGGGAAGAUGUGAGGAUUCUGCUGGUGGGAGAACCUAAAGUUGGCAAGACGUCGUUGAUCAUGUCCCUGGUAAGCGAGGAGUUUCCAGAGGAGGUGCCAGCACGUGCUGAGGAGAUCACCAUACCUGCAGAUGUCACUCCGGAGAGAAUUCCAACUCACAUCAUCGACUAUUCGGCUUCAGAGCAGACAGAUGAUGAGCUCCAGGAUGAGAUUAACCGGGCAAAUGUGGUUUGCGUUGUGUAUGAUGUAAAUAAAGAGAGCACCAUUGAAAAGAUCCAAAGUAAAUGGAUUCCAUUGGUAAAUGGAAGCACUGAUCAGGGCAACAGAAUUCCAGUAAUCCUGGUAGGUAACAAAUCAGACCUACAAGGAACCAGUUCCAUGGAAACAAUUCUGCCUAUCAUGAACCAGUUCAUGGAAAUUGAAACCUGUGUGGAGUGUUCUGCUAAGAAUCUAAAGAAUAUUUCAGAGCUGUUCUUCUAUGCACAGAAGGCUGUCCUGCACCCAACUGCACCUCUAUAUAGCCCAGAAGAUCAACAGCUGAAACCAUUAUGUGUUCAAGCUCUGACUCGGAUCUUCCACAUUUCUGAUCAGGACAAUGACGGAAUUCUCAAUGACACAGAGAUGAGCUUCUUUCAGAAAUACUGUUUCAGGAACCCCUUAUCACCUCAAGCUUUGGAAGAUGUUAAAACUGUAGUCUGGAAAAACACACCUGAUGGAAUCAUGGAUGACGGGCUGACGUUAAGUGGGUUCCUGUUCUUAAACAUGUUGUUUAUCCAGCGGGGAAGACAUGAAACCACUUGGACUGUUCUACGGAAGUUUGGCUACGAUGAUAACUUGGAAAUGACCGACGACUAUCUGCACCCUCAGUUGCGAGUUCCUUACCAAUGUACAACUGAGUUGAAUUACUGCACCUACAUGUUCCUGCAACAAAUGUUUGAGAAAUAUGAUGUAGAUAAUGAUGGUGUUCUGUCUCCAAUUGAACUGAAGAACUUAUUUAGUGUGUAUCCUUAUUUUCCUUGGGGCCCCGAAGUAUUUAAUACAGUGUGCAUGGACGAGAGGGGCUGGAUCUCUCUUCAUGGCUACCUAUGUUAUUGGACGUUCAUAGCUUACCUGGAUGUCCAUCGCUGUAUGGAGUAUUUAGGAUAUAUGGGAUAUACCACCAUCAUGGAGCAAGAAUCCCAAACUGCAGCCAUCACAGUGACUCGGAGUAAGAAGCUGGAUUUGGAGAAAGGACAGACUCAAAGGAAUGUGUUUCUUUGUAAAGUAAUCGGACCAAAGGGCACUGGGAAAACUGCAUUUCUGCAGGCCUUUUUGGGGCGGAGUUUGAAGGUGCAGAAUGAGAUGGGCAGAGAUGUCUCUGAUUUCACAAUCAACACCGUGCAAAUCAACAAUCAGGACAAGUAUCUAAUACUGCAUGAGGUGGAUGUUGAUACUGAGUUCCUGAAAGCCUCCAGUGCCACCUGUGAUGUUGCCUGUCUGAUGUAUGAUAUCACUGAUGCCAAAUCCUUCAACUACUGUGCCAGUAUUUACAAGGAACACUACAUGGAGAGCAGAAUUCCCUGCAUCUUUGUGGCAUCAAAGGCUGAUUUGCCAGAACAAAAGCAGGAACAUGGGAUCACGCCCGUGGAAUUCUGCUACAAACACAGACUCCCGGCCCCGUUUCAUUUCAGCUGCAACAGUGAUGAAGCAACAACCUCUCCGAUCUACUCGAGGCUUGCACUUGCUGCAGCGUUCCCUGACCUGAAUGAGACAGAACUCAGCAUCACGUCCUUCUGGCUACGUAUUACAUUUGGAGCCACCAUCAUUGCAUUCUUGGGACUCGGCAUCUAUAAAGCACUUGCCAGGCAGAAAUAACAACAGGAGACAGCAGAUGAGCAUGAAGGGGACAGUGUCCAAGAGGUGGAGCUGAGCAAAGAUAGGGGAAUGUGCACUUAUCUGCCAUCCUGUCGGAUUUUAUUCAAAGCAAUCUUUGGGAUUUGGGUAGGGAUGUAGGGAGAGAAACCAUUAGCUUUAAUGGUGGAAGAACUGAAUAAACAGCUACUGGUGCCCAAGUAUUUUGACAAGACAUGUAGGAAAAAGCUUUCUUAUCUUUGCUGAUAAGAAAAUCUGCUAUAAGAGACACCUGACCAAUCUGCGCUGUGAAAAGGUAUCUGUACUCACUCCCCAUUUGGCAGCUAACAUCAGUGUGUUAGCUUUGCACUUUGCCCUUUUCAAUAUUUGGUGAACGUGUCCUGUUAUUUUAAGGGCAUAUUUCCCCUCUGGUCUACCAGCGAAAUCUACCAAUAGAGCCCAGGGUUAUCUGCAAGUGGCACAUUUUUCUGGUGAUCUAUUUUAGUGUGAGAUUCUGAACAUGUUUUUGACUGUAAAGUAAAAUCCCUUUGUUCUGUGAAAUUAUCUAAAAGCUUUUGGGCAAAUGAAAGCAAGGGUACGUUGCUGAGAUCUGACAAACUAUUUUUCUCAAUAUUCUUAUACCUGGAAUUUACAAUUCAGGUGUAUUGAUGUAUUUUUUCAUUUUGAAGAAAAAAAGGACACCAAGGUGUUUAAUCAUACUUGUUGACAUUGUUGAUGCAGAGGUCAUAACCUUCUGUUGUUUCUGCAGGUUUUUGCUCAGAGUAAUGGAAAUUUGGAUUCUGUGAAGGCCUUUGCUUUGGUUUGAUUGCUGCUUAUGUCUGUGUACAGAAGAUAUCUAUAUAUCCAUAACCAAACCAUUUCUGAAUUGGCACCAAAAUCUCUUUUAUAAUCUUGAUUUUCAUAUUCUUUGUGUGAAACUUAUCUCUGGAGAAGUAGGCAAAGAUUAUAAGACAAACUCAAUCAUCAGGAAAGUUAUGCACAAACUGUUUUAAUGCCUGCAGCAUACAACUGCUUAAGAGUAACAGCAUUUCAAAAAGAAAUUUGAGUAUUAUCUGCCUUGAAAUGUCCUGACAGUGCAACUAUUUGUUUAAUUAUUUGUUUUCAGUAUUAAUCAAUGGCCUUUCCUGAACCUUUGAAUCCCAUUCAUAUCGGUAUUUCUUUAGCUGUUGACUUUUCCACAUUUCAUAUUUCCUUGUUGUCAUUCUCAAAUGUAAUUCCUGUUCUGAGGGACAUUGUUUGGAACAGGAGGAGGCCAUUCAUUGCCUCUAGCCUGUUCCACAAUGCAGUCAGAAUAUUGCUGAUCUGCAUCUCAGCUUCAAAAUCACUCAGUUAUUAGUUUUGUUACUAUGUCACUUGUAAUGUUGACCUUUCCUAUGUUCUUAUUAUUGGUCACAGGCUUGCCUGAUCAACUUUGAGGUUCACUGUAACUGGAUCAUACUGUAGUGAGAGUUAGUGACAGAGUUCCUUUUUAUUUAAGUUUUCUUAAAAGCAGUCCCCCAUGUGUAACUAUAGUGUGUAAAAGUGUAGCCAAAUAGCCAAAGAUCAUGCACAGAGAGAACUUCAGGGCUUCAACCCAUUUUUAUCUAUCAUCUUCUCCCCAUCUUCCUGCCCCUUUUAAGGGGCGAAGUGGUCAUUAACUUAUCAGCUCUGGGAUGUCCGAACUUUGCGAAAUGAUUAAUGUUUGAGCUUUGUAAAAUGAGGAAAACAAAUGCUGGUGAAUGUGAUAUACUGCUAUUUCACAUGCUUGUUAUCAGUAUGUAAGAAUCAGGAGCUAGAGUAGAUCAUUCAGUCACUUAAGCCUUCUGAGCUAUUUAGUGAUUAUGUGUGAUACUUUACCUCAUUGCUAUGUUUGCUUUCUUUCUCCAGAUCUAUUGAUUCCCUUAGUGCUCAAACCUCUUAUCAAUCUCAGUCUUAAAAUAUAGUCAUCAACUGAGCAUCCUGUAGGCUACAGAAUUCUAAAGAAUUGUAGCUUAGCUCUUUGAAUGAAGAAAUUUAUUCUCAUCUGUCCUAAAUGGCCAAUCUCUUCUGAGUCUGAUCCUUAUUUUUACACACACUCAGCAACUUCCAUGUCAAGCCCUCUGUUGUGCCACCAAUGUGCCUUAGCCUGAACGUGGGAAACACAGCCUUUCAAAUUUUGUUUUUACAGAGCAGCAUCUGUCAAUCAGAGUCUCUGCCUCCAUUAAAAACUGCUCUGACAUUUUAUUAAAAGUGACCUUUUCUUGAGAUAUGGUGAGCAGUCUGGUAGAUAUAUACAUCUUGUAGAUGCUAUGACACAUGUGGGACUUAAACCCAGACAUUCUGGCUCAGAGGUACAGGCACUACUACUGUGCUACAAGACUCUUAAGCAAUCCCUGUAUAUUUGCUCAUUUAACAUAUAGUGUCAUCCUGCCAAUAUCCUAGUUCACUUCACUGUCAGAAAUAUCAUGGGAUAUUGCAGUAAGAUUCCAGUGCUGUACUCCAAAAUGGCAUUGCAAACAGCAUCAAGAUGUUAUUAUGCUGACAUCGUCCAAAUAUGACUCGUGAAGCCUAAACACUAGCAUAAACCAGUUUGUCUGAACGUUGCUCUGGUACUGUAAUUUCUAUAUCUAAGGGAUGUUUUCAGCCUGGAUUUCUUUGUUGAGAAGAAAUUAAAUCGAAAUUAAAUGUGGGAUUUAAGGCAAGGCAGGACUAGUGAUGCUGAGGAGAAGCUAUCACUUCAGUUUGUUUAAACAGAGUAUGCUCCGGCUUCACCAUUUAUUUGGGCACCAAAAAUGUCUUGCAGACUUCGAAUAGCGAAAUCGCUCAGAACUAUACCUAAAUACCAAAAUACUCUUGGGUGUUCCAGUGCUCAUUUCAAUUCUACUGGCGUUAUAUGUGUCAGCUUUGAAAAGGGAUUGUAUUUGUUGGACAAGGUAAGAUUUGAGCAAUGGAUCUGAAAUCCAGCUCUCACUAGUGUUGCACCUUUUUAUGUGCAAAAGUGAAGUGAGAUUAAAUGAUUCAACACAGGAAGCCAUUUAGCCCAAUGUGUUUGUUCUUAGGGCUACCCCACCCCCACCACUCUCCCAUAUUGCUUUCUCAGAGUUCGGCAAUUUCUUGUUCUCUGAAAUGCUGCCUAUUUUCUGCUUCCUUCUGCUUAUAUUUGCUACAUUCAUUUUCAGUGGAUCCAAAGAAUCCACUUAUUUGGCAGGUGGCUUGUCAAACCAGGUAAUUGUAGUUCCAAACUCCAAGUUCCUUUGUCUGGAAUUGUAGAAUCAUUUCUUCAUAACUGCCAUUGUACAUUGCUGCACUUGUACACAGACAUGGUCUCAUUCCUGCAUUACCAAUCCCUUUAGCCACCACAUUUGUGUUCGGUUUGCGACAUACGCGGUGAAAAAUGCACUGUGAAUACACUCUGCUGUGCAAUUAUAAAGAAACAUGACUUGAUUGAAGUGUUAGUUAGUAUUUCCCUGAAUCCCCAACUGUAGGUGUGGGGGGCCUAACAGCUGUAGAAUUAUCCAGAAUAAGUGUCUAAGAAAACAUCACUCCAAAAAUCAAGCCACCCUCCUUCAGCCUUCCCAUCAUUCAACUCGAUGUAAAAUGUGAGUUUUCAUGUGCACUUAGUAUGUUGAUAUAUAUAUAUAUGUGUGUGUGUGUGUGUGUGUGUGAGAGAGAGAGAGAGAAUGGUCUUAUAGUCACCAUUACGUGAUCCAUCAUUUGAAUGGUUGUGACCAUUAUCAGCUUCCGAUGAGAUUUUGCUGCUGCCUCUUUCUCUUGAAGCCACAUUUUACUUUCUGAUUGAAACGUGGUUUUUAUUUGUUCAUUUCUCUUCUGGUGGCGGAUGCUUGUCACUGGGUACCAGUUGUCUCAUAGUAUCUUUGCCAAAUGAUCUUGAUUAAAGGUGGCAGGUUAUUUGGCUCCAAUGGAAAAGCAGGUAAGAACUGUUGUUAUUCAUUACCACUGGAGUCCCUUUCCCUAACCUACCCAUUGUCUGAGCUCUCGGGACAAUUAUUGGUCGCUAGUUGCUUCUCUUAGUAUCAAUCAGUUACCUCACACGGGCCCAGGAAUUGAACCUGACACUGUCCCAAUUUGUCUCACUCAACCAAAUUGUCAAGCUAUUAGAAUUCACAAUUUUUCUGUUGUGUGAUUGUAGCCAUCCAUUGCUUAAUUUAUAUUACAGAUUACACAGUAGGAAGCGAGAGCAGGGUAGUAUUUAAAAGGACAGUGACAGUUAAACAAUUAUAUCCUCCAAUUGGUGAGCUUGGUAACUGUGGAACUGGAAUUUACUUUGCUCCUGUUUAACUACAAGUUGUCAGGUAGUAAAAUUCUUUUUGAGUCAUUAAAUAGGAAAUGUUAUUUCUUUGUGAUUUUUAAAUGACAGAUUUUCUGUACCUGUCCUUCCAUGAAAAGAUAAAUAUAUUUUCAGAUUUUACAA